UCAGAUGUAAACAAAUAUUUCUGGUUGGUAGUAAAUAAACACUCUAUUUUAUCUAAUCCAAGACUUUUCGAAAUUAUUAUAAUAAUAUUGCGAAUGUGUGCUUAAGAAGUGUACAGUUCCAUAUAUUUUUUGUUUUUGUUGAAAUUCAAUGAAGUGUCAACAUGACUAAGUGAAAAAAAAAUGCAUUUUAAAUGUAUUACGUUUGUUAAGAAAAAUGUAAUAUUUUCACAAUUUCUUUUCUUUAAUUAAUAUGCAAUUGAAUUGAAUUCAAAAUGUGCACAAGUUGGUUUAUGAGAAGAUGGCGAAUGUGGAUUCGUCCUGUCGUUAUGAUGGCUUAUGGCUUGAUUAUUUUAAUUAUCUUGCCUUUGUGUGCUGUGAAAUUUCAACAGAAUGGCAUGUCACCUCAAAUGCAAGCUUGGUUUACAAGUGGAAUUUUCGUAUUAAUGGCCUUGCCAAUAACGUUUUGGGAAAUCACACAGCAUUUAGUACAUUACAAUAAGCCUUAUCUGCAAAGAUACAUAAUAAGAAUACUAUGGAUGGUCCCAAUAUAUGCUUUAAAUGCUUGGCUUGCCUUAACUUUUCCAAAGACUGGUAUUUACUUAGAUACAUGUCGAGAAUGCUAUGAAGCAUAUGUGAUAUAUAAUUUCAUGAUCUUUUUGUUGAAUUUUCUUCAUUAUGAGAUGGACAUGUCUUCCACAUUAGAAACUAGACCACCUGUUAAAUACAUAUUUCCACUGUGCUGUUUUCCACCUUGUCCUGCUGGAAAAUACUUCAUACAAGCAUGUAAACAUGGUAUUCUUCAAUAUACAGUUAUUCGUCCAGUUACAACUUUAGUAUCUUUAAUAACUGAGCUUUUAGGUGUUUAUGGUGAAGGCAAGUUUUCUCCAACAUGUGCUUAUCCUUAUGUUGUUGCCGUAAACAAUGCAUCACAAUUUGUAGCGAUGUAUGCUCUUGUGCUUUUUUAUCAAGCCAACAAAGAAGAAUUAGCACCCAUGAAACCCAUUGCAAAAUUUUUAUGCAUAAAAGCCGUUGUAUUUUUUUCUUUUUUCCAAUCUGUAAUCAUAGCUAUUUUGACUUAUAUUGGUAUCAUAACUGAUUCAUUUGCUGCUCCUGGUUCAGAUGUUGCUGAAGUUGGCAGAAGUUUGCAGAACUUCUUGAUAUGUAUAGAAAUGUUCAUUGCUUCGGUUGCCCAUUAUUUUGCAUUUUCUCAUAAGCCAUAUAUUGACAUGGCAGCCCAGCAAGUGCCUUGCUGUCUGUCUUUCAUGAGCAUGUGGGAUGUUUCAGAUGUAAGACAAGAUGUUUCAGAUCAUAUUCGACAUGUUGGAAAAAGAGUGAAAAUGUCAGUUUCUGGUAGGCAUUUAGCUGGAAGUGAAGAAGAAAAACAACUUCUAGUCCCUAACCAUGAAAUGGAAAAUCCUUCUGCAUCAUCAGUGAACUAUGAUAGUAUAGGAUCCAGAACUGCAUAUGCUAGUGCUUCUUCUACACAAAACAAAAAUAAUUUUUAUGAAGAACCUGAAGAUCUCAGUCAUGAAGUUCACACAUAAAAUACUAUUAUUUUGUAAAUAUUACACAUGCAGAGCCAAUAAAAUGUACAUAAUGCACAAUUUUGUUAGCCGGAAUCUUUAUAAAAUAAUUUGUAUUAUACCUAACAAUAUAUAAAGCAUAUAUUCAAAAAAUAA